AUGGUCGCCCUCACGUCAAUGCCGAACAUCAUCUUUAUGAUGGCUGAUGACCAUGCGGCCAAAUCCAUAUCGGCUUAUGGCCAUGGCAUCAAUCAUACCCCUAACAUUGAUCGCAUUGCGAAUGAGGGCGCUCGUUUCGAUCAUUGCUAUGUGACCAACUCAAUUUGCACGCCUAGUCGUGCUGCCAUAGUGACUGGCAUGCACAGCCACGCCAAUGGUGUCUUCACCUUGGACGAUACCUUGAAUAAUAAGAUGCCCAACGUUGCAAAGUCCAUGCGUAUGGCUGGGUACCAGACAGCCAUGAUCGGGAAGUGGCAUCUCGGUGAAGGCGAGGAGCAUCAGCCUACCGGAUUCGACUACUGGUCUGUAGUACCCGGACAAGGAGACUACUGGGAUCCUAUCUUCAUCGACAAUGGAAAUCAGACCCAGUAUGAGGGCUACGCCGUCGACAUUGUGACGGACAAGGCCAUCACGUGGCUCGAACAGAGGAAUGAAUCCCAACCGUUCUUCCUCAUGUACCACCAGAAGGCUCCUCACAGGAGCUGGGAGUGGCACCCGAGAUAUGCGGACUACUACAAUGAUCCUAUCCAGCUGCCCGACACAUUCACAGAUGACUACAAGAACCGGGCCAAUGCAGCGUCUUCAACAGAGAUGCGUGUUGCCGAUGACAUGACAUACUUCGAUCUGGGCCUCGUACAGCCUGAGGGUGGCCAUGACGUCGGGGAGCUGUUCUACCCUGGUUUCUCGACCCAGCGCAAGGUUCCCAACCCAAGCAAUAUUACGGCACUUCAGGCGCUUCGUCUCACCGACUCGAGCACGGGCGAGGUAUUCAAAUUUCAGAACCAGACGGAGCUUGCCAACUUCAAGUUCCAGAGGUACAUGCAGCGCUACCUGCGCGUGGUCCAAUCUGUCGACGACAAUGUUGGGCGCAUGCUGGACUGGCUUGACGAGAAGGGGCUUGCAAACAACACUCUGGUGAUGUACACUUCGGACCAAGGAAUGUUCCUCGGUGACCACGGCUGGUUUGACAAACGCUUUAUUUACGAGGAAUCCUUCCAAAUGCCCCUGGUCGCGCGCUAUCCUCCGGAGAUCAAAGCAGGCAGCGUCAUCAAGGAUAUCGUACAGAACGUCGAUUUUGCCGCAACCAUGUUGGAUGUGGCAGGGGUCCCGGUGCCGACUUACAUGCAGGGCAAAUCGUUCCGAAAGGUGCUGCAAGGCGAAACGCCUGAGGACUGGGACCAGCUGGCAUACCACAGAUACUGGAUGCACCGGGACCCGAUCCACAACGCAUAUGCACACUACGGCGUGAGAGACACACGGUACAAACUGAUCUACUGGUACAACGAGGGCUUUGGCCUCCCAGGCACGUCCCUCGGCGGGGAGGAGAAGCAGUGGGAGCUCUUCGAUACCCAGGAGGACCCUAUGGAGCUUUUCAACGUCUUUAAUGAGCCCGAGUAUGCGAGCGUCGUGACGGAGAUGAUGCGGAAGCUGGAGAGGAAGAUGACGGACAUUGGCGACGAGUGGGUCCAUGAUCCCGACCUUGCAGUUGCUUCGAACGCCACCGCCACCCCGUCUUUGGAAUUGAGGCGGGCGAAGCUAAGCGCUGUGAAUCACUGA